AUGACGAAGAGUGGAGGUUCCGGGUCCGGCACAUGGUCUAGUCGGCUUCAAACUUUACGGCUGCCAAAAGCCAUGUCGACCGAAGACAUGAUCCGAUCAUUCGUACAUGAGCCACCCAUGCAUGCAGGUGAAAUUCAUUUGGCUAGAACGGUCAACAUUAUCUCUGCUGAAGCUGCUGACAGUAGCGGCAUGCCUGAUGGUCCACCACUGCUGAUGAGGUUCAGUCCUUCGAGAUCAAUGUCGUCGAGCUUCCCUCAUUCAUUGGCAAAGCGUCCUGGGCCGUUGACGCGCGCUUUGUCUUUGAUAUUGACCAAACCCGACAGCAGAGGUGAUCGCGAUGGCAGAAGGACCAAAUCAUCGGGAUCAUCAGGGAAUGACAUGGGUGCACCAUCGAUUCUGAGUCGGUUUUUGUUGAGAGGUAGACCACAAUCCGCACCUCCCGAAGCGCUUGUGCCUCGGUCGCCUCCCGAUCUCUCCAUGGCCUUCUACCAACCUGAAACUCUCCAACACUCUGGGAGUCCAAGUUCCCGGCUUCCGUCGUCUUCCCCUCUAACUUCUUGGCAACACGACGAUCACGACGGUCGACUAGAAUUACCGGCGAAUGACGCUAUCGAGAAGCCCCCGCAAGAAGAGACUUCUCGCAGAUCGAGUGAAUCGGGACAUUCGGGCCAAUACAGGUCUUCGAUCCUGUGA